AACAUUUUCCACUCGAUCGGCGAUGUGUAGGUGAUGUUUGGCACAUGGAUUAUACAACCUGUUUUCCUGGCGUCUUGUCAAGUGGACUGGUCUGUGCUAAACUCUUCCACAUCGCGGUAUAUAUUCAAUAGCGUACAGCCAGCGGCCAUAUCGAUUGUUGGAACCAUCCCGUAUUGUUUCCACUGCCGGAAAGACGAUCGGAAACACGUUUAAAUGAUGCUACAGAGGUAAGCGGAAGACUAGAGAGGAAACCAGUAGUGUGGACUGUCAGACACAAGGGGAACACAAAAUCAGCGAGAAAACAAUAAGGAUAUAAAAGAAAAGACAUUUUUAAAACACGACUGGCAAACCACAAGAAGAAAGAAGAAAAGAGAGAUUGCUUGGCGAAAAAGGAAAAAGGAAAAGAAAGAAAACUAACAAAAGACCGUUCAAAGACAAUUUAGGAAAAGAGGAAAGGAAUUCAUCCAUACGGGAAAAGACGAAAAAGAAAGGAAGGAAAGAAGAGCGAAGCUAAAAACGAAAAGGAGAAGUAAGAAGAAAGGAAAGCAACCUAAACGAGACUAGAAGACGACGACGACGACGACGAAGUGUUGCUGCCAUGGACGUCGUGUUCGCUGUGAGUGGCGUCACGGGAAUACUGCUGACGGUGGCAGCGUCACUCAUUUGUUUCACAUUCAUUCGGAGACGUCAGCUUCCACCAGGACCGUGGGGCGUGCCCCUUCUCGGUUGUCUUCCCUUCUGGAAAGGCCCAGAGACCAAUUCUGAAUGGUACAACCAAUACGGAGAUAUAUACAGUGUGAGAAUGGGAUCCAGUCUGAUAGUGUAUCUAAACAGUAUGCCGUUGGUGAACAAAUAUCUCAAGGAUUCGGUUGAUAUUAUCGACAGACCGCCAGGGCCUGCAGCUAUUGGACAAGGUAUUUUAUUUGGCAGUGGACAAAAAUGGCGCCUCAACAGAACGCUGUGUCUUCAUACGCUGUGGGGUGAUAAGGCGGAACAGGCCUUUCACCGACAUUUACAAAACGAGGCUACAGACUUGCUGGCGCAGUUAGAAAGGUUUUCCGAGCGGGAAAUGAACCUAACCGAAACGCUUCGCCCGUGCAUCGUGAAUGGCCUGUGCACUCUAAUCAGAGGGUCGCGCUUUUCCUACACGGAUCCAGACUUUGUGUCGCUGGUGGCCCUGCUACGCGGGGCAGACGACGUGGACUUACUUUCCCUCUCGACCGCCCUGAGUGUGAAGCUGCCCAAGCUGUGGGCGCUCAUCCCCCACCAGUCCCCGGACCUGGCGGAGAUAACGGCGGGACUGGCGAGCGUCAUUGGGAGGUGGGUGGCGGAACGCCGCCAGUCGUGCGAGAAAUACUCGUCUGACAGUCUCAUCGACGUGUUCCUCAACAGCGAACAGUAUCAACAGAUUAACUCAACAGAUGACGAAAUGGUGCAGUCGGCGAUAGACAUGUUUAACGGAGGUCUGGUGGCCAGCCUGUCUGGGCUGGAGUUCCUCUUCCUGUAUCUAAUUCACAACCCGGAUGUUCAAAGCAGGAUACAGGGAGAAAUUGAUGAUGCCAUUGGUUCCGACCGGAAGCCGUCAUGGGUGGACCAAUCCAAACUGCCGUAUACGGUAGCCACGGUAAUGGAGACUCUGAGACUAGCCUGCAUUACACCGAGCACGCUGCCGCACGUGGCCACGCGUGACGUCACAGUGCACGGAUACAGUGUGCCAAAAGGAAGUGGAGUUGUGGCCAGCAUAUUUUGUCUUCAUAGGCAAUCGGCACAGCACGAGGAUCCCGAGACGUUUAAUCCCGAGAGAUUUCUAAACAAGGACAGCACUCUACGGACACCCAGUGACUUCAUUCCGUUUGGCGUUGCACCACGGAACUGCCCCGGCGACAGAUGGUUUCACGUGUUAGCAUUCCUGAUCCUCACGUGGGUUCUUCAGUCGUACAGUGUGAGCCAACCACAGGGGGAGGAGUUACCGCCCUUCAAAACGAAGAUGCGGAUCGUGAGGCGACUCGAGCCGUAUUCUCUGGUUUUAACGCCUCGGAAAACCUCGUCAAAGUUCGUCUCAGAAAACAAAAGUCAAGAUAUUAAUUAAUAUUCAAACAGUUGUCGCAAAUCUAAUUUGUUCAGUAAACAAUGGAGUUUUAAUUAUGUGACUAAUUAAAGAAAUACAAUGAA